UUCAAUGUUGAUGGAUUUUCAAGAAAAACUCACAAUUUCUCACAAUUUAUAACAAUGAAAAGAUUUCAAAGUUUCUGAUUGUCACAGAGAAAAAUAAAAAAUGUCGACUGAAGCUAUUCCGACUGAGAGCGUUGUUGUUCCAAACCAAACCGUAUGUGCCUGCUGCGGCUGUGACAGCCAAGAUAGAUAUUACAUUCUAAAGAAUGUGGAUGUCAUUAAUUAUUACAAUGAUCCAUGCUCAUAUGUAAAGGGGGCAUCAUUCGAUCUGGUAACAGAAUUUUUUUUGAAAGACUUUGAUGUUCCAGAAAACAUUGGUGCAUUUGUUUGCUCUGGCUGCCACAAAAAAUUAAGGAAGGUUAAAGUGUGGAGAGUAAAACUACAAAAUUUGAUAAAUGAAAUUAAAGAAUUAUCCCAGUGCUUCAUAGAUUACAAAACCUUCCACGAAUUAGAUCUGCCACAUAAAAAGUUCAUGUUUGAAGAUAGAAGUACGAAAAGUAAAACCACUAAACCGUACAAUGCACUAACAAUGUCCAUCAAUAUUGAUAGCUCGAGUUCAGAAAAAAAGCCGAGAAUUCCAUCAGAUGUGGAUAGAACUGCAUCAGAUUGCAAAGUUUCAAUGGUGCAGCCACAGCUCCCGCUUGUCAAAUUAGAACCCAUAGAACAAAAUCUUAACAAUAUUGCAUCAACAUCUGUAUCCAGUCAACAAGAUACUGUCAACAAAAGGCCAUCCAUUACUACUAAUUACAGUUUACAAGAUAAAACUAUCAACAUCAUCAGACCACCGAAUACAAUGGCCAGUGAGCAAAAUACUGUCCGUAUCCGUCCAGCUAAUUUAGUGUCGAUAUUAAAUAAACAGGUUAACUUCAGUGUCAAGCCAGAUCAUCAAAAAAAUAUCCAGUUCGUGUCUCCUAAACAACCUGCUCCAAAUCCAAACAAUAAAAGCAUCAUAUCAGUUAAUAACGCAUCUAAACCAAAGCAAAAUAAUAACAGUAUCACCACAGUUAAAAUAAAACCUGCUUCAAAUCAGCAAAAUAUUGCUGUUAUGCCGGUUAGUAUAAAACCUAUGUCAAACCAACAAAAUAUUAAUACUGUUAAGCCGGUAUAUACUAUAAAACCUAUGUCAAACCAACAAAAUAUUAUUACUGUUAAGCCAGUUAAUAUAAUACCUGUAUCAGACCAACAAAAUAAUAAUAGUGUUCAGCCAGUUAAUAUAAAAUCUGUGACAGACCAACAAAAUAUUACUACUGUUAUGCAAGAUGAUCUACAGUCUGAGUCAAAUGUACAAAAUAAUAACAAAAUUACUCCAUCUAUUAUAAAUCAUGGCUUAAGUCAACAAACUAAUACAAGUGUCAUGUUAUCUGGUGUUAAACCAGUGUCAAGUCAACAAGUUAUUAGCAGUAUCAUCAAGCAAGCCAGUAUGGUAAAUCAACAAGAUAAUGUUAGUAUCAUGCCACCUAAUGUCAUAACAAGUCAACAAGGUAGAAGCAGUAUCAUCAAGCAAGCCAGUAUUCUAAAUCAACAAGAUAAUGUUAGUAUCAUGCCACCUAAUGUCAUAACAAGAGAACAAACACUCAUCAUGCCAGAUACAAAUGUUAUUGUCAUUCAGCAAACUUCAACCAUGCCAGAUAUUAGCAUGCCGAUUCAAAACCUAUCCAAUAAACCAGAUACAACACACAGUAAACAUACCCCUGGCACACAUACUGUUAAUAAAUCAUCACCAAUCAUAAACUGUUUUAACAAAAGUAGUGAGACAUCUCCAUUGAAUCAACAAACAUGUAUAGCUCAAUCAUUUCAUUCCCCAUCACAAACAUUCAGUUCUCCAAAACAAAAUAAUAGUUUACUACUAUGUAAUUCUUUAAGACCUACACGAUUUAAAUUGGUAAAGUUUAAGUCCAUAAAGAUGUUGAAGGACUUAAUGCCCAUUGUGAAAUGUCUUGCAGAUGGAAACAUUAGCAAAACUCUCCAACUUCUUUUGAAGUCUGAUGUUGACUAUAUUUUUGAAGCAAGCACAAAAGGGCUUUCGACAUUAAUAAAAACAGAAGCCAAAGAAUAUGCUCGAAAUAAGGCAAGACUUAUUGAAAUAAAUAAGACACCAAUUUUUGAUUUUGAAAGCUUUGACAUCAAAGUAAUGCAAAAGGAAUUUGAAACAUGGACACCAACUCUGUGGAAAUGUGUUUGUUCCGCAGCAACAUCUAAUUUCACCAAACGUUUUCAAAGUCCAAAAGUAUGCUCAGCAUUGUCAAUUCUCUUUCAUUCUCGAUCUCUGAAACUAAAUAUGUUACAAGAAUAUGUAGCUGUUGCUAUGUACAGUUGUAACCUUAAAAAGGAAGGAUUCCGGAUUCUAUCCAAGCUUGGAUUUUCUGUGAGUUGUAUUCAAAUUGAUAAGAGGCCAGUUCUAAAUACAGCUAAAAUAAGAAGACUUGUGUACAUGAGGAAAAAAAGAAAAAGAUUUGGCUCCGAUGAGGACACAGAAAAAGAAGAAGAUGACAUUGUUCUGACAGACCAUGAAGACAUUAUUGAGUGGGAUGAGGCAGAUGAAAUGUUUUCUAGUAACACAGAUAUUAAUAUAAAUAAAAUCUCUGAAUUUACAUCAGAGGAAUCUCAGCAAAUGAUAGUCGAUGAAGAAGACCUGUGUUGGGGUGAAAAAUCCAAGGAAUCAUUGAGUUAUAGUGUUAGUAGAAAUAUGCUGAAUGUGACACCAUAUGCUGAAAGAGAAAGACCUCAACAAGAGUAGAGGUGUUGGUUCCAGAGUUUACCAAAGCUUUAACACGUGAAACAAAUAGACUAGACAUUGUGCAUAAAAACAUACUAUUGUAUAUUAAUUUCACCUUUUUAAUCUAAUCCAAAUUGUAUGAAAAUUUUUACAAAUGAUAGAAAAACUAAGUGCUGAUGGGGCGGUGUUUGGUAUAUAAUAACCAUUUCACACAUGGCCUUAUAAGGUUCUCAUGUGCAAAGGACAAAACUAUAUUUAUUGGGUUAAUCAAUAUUUCCUUUUUUUUUAACCCUUUUCUCCCAAAAAUGACUUCUAUGUGUUAUGUACAAUUUAUUUUGCUGGAGUUAGACCAGUUGGUGGUCAACGUCAUACAAAUUUUAGUACAAAGACAUGACAAUUUGUUCCUCUGUCUGUAGUGAAAAGCAUUCAGCCCAACGAAAAUUUGGGGAAAAGUUGGAGGUGGGCAAAGAGGCCAGAAUUAACAUUGAAGUCAAUGAGGAAAUUAAUGGUGGUCUGCCUCCAUUUGAUCAACGUUAUAUAUUGGAGUUAUCUCCCUUUUACAUGAUUCGAAAAUUGUCGCGGGUGAAAUUGUGGGACUAACAUGCUAUAUCUUUAUUCGCUUGCAUGCAGUUUGGGGUUGACCAGGAUAAAAAAUGAAAUGGGGUUUAACAUCCUACUGUUCUGCUCCGACUGGAAUAAUGAAGACGGGCAUACGUCAUACAGUGCUUACUCUUAUAUCGAAUUCCAGCUGCCAAGGGAUCUUUUAUGUGCAUUUGUACGUGCAUACCAUCCGAACGACUAGACAGCUGUCCUAGUCAGACCCGCCGUCCUGCACCACUGACAAGGGGAAACCACCCCCGAAAAUUCCGAUGAACUUCCUCGGCCAAUGCAGAGAUCGAACACGCAACCAGCCACCGUGGCUCCCUGACAAAGAGAAAACUCACUGGGUUAGGUAGUUACUUUAUGAAGGCCUCUGAUCGUCCGAUCAGAGACCGUUCCUAAAGAAACCAGGGAUUAGGUAGGCGAUCGUAUAAUGAUGAGAUGAAAAUUGAAAGAGGGGGUUGGAUGGUGGGAUGUUUUAACGCGAGGGCUUAGAUUUCGAUUCCAAGCUUGUACGUGGCAAGGAGUAGGAGUCGCCUGUCCAACAUCGUGGGUUUUCUUCUCUCAUUGCAAAAGGCCCCAACGCACAAAUAAAAUUGAACCGUGUGUUAGUUCCGAAGUGACAAGGUUCUCGCACUCUCGCUCUCUCUCGCUCCACCCCCACAUUAUGUGGUAUCAAAUUAACCAGCACGACCCCGUGAAUUUGGGUCCCGGGCGAUGCCGCGUAUUCACAUGUAUAUCUAAUGACAACUGGUUCGUGGUUUUGCAUUUUAUUGUAAACAAGCAGGAUACCCGGCUUCUCCAGGGGCCUAAAACAUUCACGGGAUCAUGCUGGUUAAUUUGAUACCACAUUAUGUGGGGUGGAUCGCGGCCACGAAGCGUGAUAUGCGAACAUUCAUACAUAGAUACACACACAUGGUAUUGAUACAUGCCCACCAAAACGUUGGGUCAAAAGAGCCAAUAAGUUAAAUUAAUCUAAUGAAUAAACUGCUUCGUUUUUAUACAUGGAAAUGUGAACGUAUAUUGCCGUCGCCCCCGUCCAUCCGUCGUCCACAAUUUCUUGUGAACUGUCUUAACGCCAAAAGCUAUCCGAUUAUUUUUAAAUUGAUAUAUAUUGUUUACAUUAGCGAGAUGAAGAAUCCUAUUUAAUUUCUGUUAAUUACUUCCAGACUUAUGGCCCUUGUUUCACUUUGUUGCACCUUGUGAACGCUCUAACAUCAAAAGUUAUCUGCCGAUCUGUAUAAAAUUUAUAUGCGUCAUUUAGAUUAGUUAUUGAAGAAUCCUAUUGUAUUUCAGCAAUUUUCGUUAAUUACAUCUAGACUUAUGACCCUUGUUUCACUUUGUUGCACCUUGUUAAUCCUCGAUUGAUAAAAGUUAUCAUCCGAUAUGUAUGAAAUUUAUACGCUCUAACGACGAAAGCUAUCUUCCAAUCUGCAUGAAAUUAAUAUGCACCAUUUAGAUUAGCGAACCUUGUGAACGUUCGGAUGACAAAAGUUAUCAUCCGAUCUGUAUGAAAUUUAUAUGCAUUAUUUAAAUUAGUAAAACGAAAAAGCCUGUCAAGUUUCAAAACUUUCUGUAAAUUACUUCCAGAGUUGAGGCCCUUGUUUCAGUUUGUAGAACCUUGUGAACUCUCAAACGACAAAAAUUAUAAUCUGAUCUGUAUGAAAUUGUCUUGAAAAUGCCCCCCCCCCCCCUCACCAAUUACCUACAAAAGAAUAAAUCUGCGACAAGCCUUGUCGACAGCUUGGACGAUUUAGCAGUGGGCGUAGGUUUCGUUGCCUGCCAAUCUAUCUUUCUUACUACUAUACAUUUGACACAUUUUGACAGGGUUAUUCUGUAGGAGGCAUAUUGGGGAGGAGGGUAUGACUUCUGGCCAACCGCAUACGAAAACUUAAAUAUUUAGUUUCUUGCGAAGAGUAUUACGGGGUUACAGAGGUUGCGAUAGUUAUGCAAGACAGAGCUUUUCACUCACAACCUGUUUCGUUGACAAUAUAUAUCUAAGACUGUUUCUUUAAAGCGCCUUCGCCGCCUGGAACUGCUAUUACGUGAUACCGUAAGCUAAUAACUCACAAACCUUUUUAGAUAACACAAAUUAAAGAUACAUUAGUUAAGAGUUUUAUGAAGAGUUAACCAUUCUUGCUAUAAUAAUUCAAAAAUAGAUGAUAAAAAAAGAAAAUGUUGAAAAUUUCAGUCAAAUUACGGAAUUGUCACUGUUGGAAGUUUGGACUAGAAAUAGGCAUAAAUUGUGUCUGCACCGUUUAUGAGAAUUGGCGAUCCUUUGAUUGACAGACGACAACUCCACACACAUAUUCUCGAUUAUCAAGUAACAUGCUCAAUGGCUGCCUCACUUGACAGGCCUUUCAUCACCAGUUUCCGGUAGUGACAUCAGCGACUAACGGUAAACGUUAGCUUGGUCCGCUAUUUAUUGAUUUAAUUUUAAAUGGACGACUGUUUAAACCCAAACUGUAUCCAAGCCAUCUGUGGGACUACAAAGUUGAUUUUAAGCUUGCCGUGUAAAUAAAGGUCUAAUUAAUAAUUUCUAUAACAUCUGAAGCUUAAAUAAAGACUUGCAAUAGGCAGAUUUAGCUCUUGCAUAAUGUAUGUUUAAAUGAAAUGAAAUUGCGUUAUCGUUUUACUUUCUGGCUUGUGAAGAUGGGCAUACUCCAUGCAGUGUGCUAUAGGGGAAAUUUGUCCGGACAGCGGCGCUAUGGUCUACUCUGAUUUCGAAUACCAUGCAAUUGUCAAGGGCUCUUUUGCGUGUACGCCAAUGUGUACACGAGACCUCGGUUU